CCAAAUCAACCCUGAUCUGCAUCGUAAUACAAACCCAACUUCUCAAAACGCCUAUUUUUGAUCAUACAUUUCCACAUUUCACACUAAUGGCUUCCAACUCAAUCAGCACUUCCCGUAGCUCUAACUCGUCAUGGACAGCUAAACAAGACAAGCAGUUCGAAGUGGCAUUGGCUACAUACGACAAGGAUACUCCUGACCGAUGGCAAAACGUCGCAAGAGCAGUUGGUGGAAAAUCAGCUGAAGAGGUGAAAAGACACUACGAGUUGCUCAUUAGAGAUGUGAAUGACAUUGAAUCAGGACGCUAUCCACAACCUAGGUACCGUAACACUAAUUGAAGCCUUAAGAUUCCUCUUAAGAAAUAACUACAUGCCUUCACAUCCAGAAGAAGACAUCAAGAGCAUCUAUGUAUAAGAAAAUUCUAUGUUAUUGCCUAUAUUAUAGGCUUUUAUUUAUUUCUGUUCGGUUUCCAACUAUGUAAUAAUCUCUCUAUUCCACCCUAAUCUUAUCUAUUUAAAUUUGAGUC